AUGUUGUCGUCAGGGGUGGCCGCAGUUGGCGGGGCAAAUGAUGCACACUUUCCUCAUUCUAAAGCAAUAAUUCUCAUUGGUGGUCCCAAUCAGCAGGGAAAUCAUUUCCGCCCUCUAUCGUUGGACUUACCCAAGCCGUUGUUUCAGUUAGCGGGUCGAGAGAUGCUCUACUUUCAUGUAGAGGCUUGUGCGCGUGUACCUAAUCUUCAAGAGAUCUUGAUGAUUGGAUCUUAUGAUGAAGGUCUCUUUUCACGCUUCUUUGAUACUGUGUGGCGUCGAUUUAACGUGCAGAUUCGAUAUCUACGCGAGAAUAAAGCACUUGGUACGGCUGGCGGUAUCCGCUUCUUUCGAAACGAAAUCAUGGAAGGAAAUCCUGCCAGCCUCUUUGUAUUGCACUGCGAUUUUUGGGUAAACGCGUCUUCCAUGAUGAAGCCAAGAAAUAUGGCUGUCUUGUGGCAGAUGCUACAACAAAGGAGAUUCUACACUGGGCGGAAAAACCCGAGACGUUUCGUUGGCGACAAACUCAGUCGACAACGAUUGCGAAGCGAGUCAAACUCGGAAGUCGAUACACAGUACGAUCUCAAGAAAUUAUUUCCCGAGUUUAGUAAUCUCGACAAUCUUCGACUAGAGCAAGAUAUUUUACUACCACUAGCUGAUCAGCAUUGUCUAUACCUUCACGAGCUGGGUGACUUUUGGUGUCAAAUCAAGACCCCUGGCAUGGCAAUAACGUGUUCUGAGCUAUACAUGCAGCGCUUUCGCUUUACAAAUCCCAGUGCUUUAAGCACAACGGGAGGAAAAUUGUCACCAAUUAUUGAAGGUAACGUUGUGGUAGACUCAUCGGCCAACGUGCAUCCGACGGCAAAAUUGGGUCCGAAUGUCACAAUUGCAGCUGGUGUGACUAUCGGUCCUGGAGUCCGGAUUGCCCACUCUAUUAUUCUCGAAGGCGUGACCAUAAAGGAUCACGCUUGUGUGCUCUUUUCCAUCAUUGGCUGGAACUCAAUCAUUGGCCAAUGGGCUCGAGUUGAAGGCCAGCCGCCAAAUGCGUCGCAGAUUCAGGUGCAUUCAGCGGAAACGGCACUGGUUCGCGACGUGACAAUCUUUGGCGUCUCUGUCGUUGCCAAUCCGGAAGUUAUUAUCCGCAACUGUAUCGUGUUGCCACACAAGACGCUGGCUCAGAGCUACCACGAUGAGAUUCUUUUGUAG